AGCAUUGGCCCCUGUGAGACGGUGCCAUAUGGAGUAAGGGUCCGGUUUGGCAUACAGCUUGGCUUCUGGGGGCCAACAGCGAGAUAAAGAGCUCUGCUACGGAGGAUAGGGAAGAGCUGUGGCUUUGCUACUUGGAGUCAGUUGGCUCGACUCGAUAGUUUGUAAUCAACAGUCAUUGAGUCCAGGGUUAACUAGACAUAUAGAUUGGAAACGGAAAACACACUGAAAUAGUUUGUUCUACUGAGGGACUGAGACUGAAGGAAAAGUGUGGAGGAGGACCAGUGAAAUAGUUUGUUCUACUGAGGGACUGAGACUGAAGGAAAAGUGUGGAGGAGGACCAGUGAAAUAGUUUGUUCUACUGAGGGACUGAGACUGAAGGAGAAGAUUGGAGGAGGACCAGUGAAAUAGUUUGUUCUACUGAGGGACUGAGACUGAAGGAGAAGAUUGGAGGAGGACCAGUGAAAUAGUUUGUUCUACUGAGGGACUGAGACUGAAGGAAAAGUGUGGAGGAGGACCAGUGAAAUAGUUUGUUCUACUGAGGGACUGAGACUGAAGGAAAAGUGUGGAGGAGGACCAGUGAAAUAGUUUGUUCUACUGAGGGAUUGAGACUGAAGGAAAAGAUUGGAGGAGGACCAGUGAAAUAGUUUGUUCUACUGAGGGAUUGAGACUGAAGGAGAAGAUUGGAGGAGGACCAGUGAAAUAGUUUGUUCUACUGAGGGACUGAGACUGAAGGAAAAGUGUGGAGGAGGACCAGUGAAAUAGUUUGUUCUACUGAGGGAUUGAGACUGAAGGAGAAGAUUGGAGGAGGACCAGUGAAAUAGUUUGUUCUACUGAGGGAUUGAGACUGAAGGAAAAGUGUGGAGGAGGACCAGUGAAAUAGUUUGUUUUACUGAGGGACAGAGACUGAAGGAGAAGAUUGGAGGAGGACCAGUGAAAUAGUUUGUUCUACUGAGGGAUUGAGACUGAAGGAAAAGUGUGGAGGAGGACCAGUGAAAUAGUUUGUUCUACUGAGGGACUGAGACUGAAGGAAAAGUGUGGAGGAGGACCAGUGAAAUAGUUUGUUCUACUGAGGGACUGAGACUGAAGGAAAAGUGUGGAGGAGGACCAGUGAAAUAGUUUGUUCUACUGAGGGACUGAGACUGAAGGAGAAGAUUGGAGGAGGACCAGUGAAAUAGUUUGUUCUACUGAGGGACUGAGACUGAAGGAGAAGAUUGGAGGAGGACCAGUGAAAUAGUUUGUUCUACUGAGGGACUGAGACUGAAGGAAAAGUGUGGAGGAGGACCAGUGAAAUAGUUUGUUCUACUGAGGGACUGAGACUGAAGGAAAAGUGUGGAGGAGGACCAGUGAAAUAGUUUGUUCUACUGAGGGAUUGAGACUGAAGGAAAAGAUUGGAGGAGGACCAGUGAAAUAGUUUGUUCUACUGAGGGAUUGAGACUGAAGGAGAAGAUUGGAGGAGGACCAGUGAAAUAGUUUGUUCUACUGAGGGACUGAGACUGAAGGAAAAGUGUGGAGGAGGACCAGUGAAAUAGUUUGUUCUACUGAGGGAUUGAGACUGAAGGAGAAGAUUGGAGGAGGACCAGUGAAAUAGUUUGUUCUACUGAGGGAUUGAGACUGAAGGAGAAGAUUGGAGGAGGACCAGUGAAAUAGUUUGUUCUACUGAGGGAUUGAGACUGAAGGAGAAGAUUGGAGGAGGACCAGUAGAGGGACGUAUCAUCUCUGUUGAGAUCCAAAUCUCUUCUCCACUUUGACCCCACCUUCCAUGGCGAUGAUUGCUAACUCCACGGGGAUGACCUCCAAUGACCUCUCCCUGAACUCAACGUCGACCCUUAGUCCGGAACCUUGGACCCCGCCUCCUUGGUACCAAUUCCACGUCUGCUCCGUGGCCCCUUACGGAUUCAUCUUCUACUUUGGAGUCAAAGUCUUCAACCUGGCCAUAGGCACACCCUGCAAUAUACUGGUCCUGUGGCACAUCUCCAGCAGGAAAAGUGACUCGUCCACGUCUGACAUCUUCAUCUUUAAUCUGGCUUUAAUGGACACCUACUUCUGCCUCAUGGGGCCCAUAGACAUGGUCAACAGGCUGGUUCUGGACCACCAAGGCAUCUGGUACUUCCAACGCUUUGCCUACGGGGUCAAAGACACAGGACCCCUCUUCCUGGUGUGUAUCUGUCUGGACCGCUACGUGGCCGUGGUCCAUCCGGUGCUGUUCACCGGUAUCCGUGACAACAAGAUCCGCAUUGGUGUCUCCGUGGUAACCUGGGCCCUCAUCCUGGCCUACAGCCUCACAAAGAGCAUCCUGGGAGUCAUGUCUGUCAACGAGGUGUUCAGCGGCCUCAUCCUCUUCGCCUUCGCCGUCAUGAUCUACUGUAACCUCUCCAUCAUAUGGGUCCUACGCCGCUCCGUAGCCGGGAAGGAGGUGAUGCACCCCGUGAAGAAGAAGGCCUUCAAAAUGGUGCUGGUCAUCUUGGGUAUAAUCUUCGUCAACUACCUUCCUCCUGUGGCUCUUGUUCCGUUCUUCUCCUACUACACGUUCGUCCAGUUCCGCUGUCAGGUGACUAUCAGUGUGUUCGCCAUCAUGGAUCUGAGUUGUAGUAUGGAGCCACUUCUGUAUAUGACCAAGAUGGACAGGCCUGCGUGUGUACCUGGCUGGUGCUGUGCGGGGGAGAGCUCGGUCAAGAAACCCUACGAGGUUAAAGUGUGAUGGGGCUCAUCACUAUCCUGCCAAGUUACAAAGUCAGAAGGCCCAAUCAUUUCUACGAUUCCUCUUCUUAAACUCCGAUUUUAAACCUUAACUUUAACCGAACCUUAACCACACUGCUAACCGUAUGCCUAACCCUAACCUUAAAUUAAGACCAAAAAUAACAUUUCUGUUGGCAGACAUUUUUACGUUAAAGCCAAUUCUGACUUUGCAGCUUGGCCAUCUACUGGGAACCAUGUGAUGAGGGAGAGAAGAAGAGGCUGGUGGGUGGAGCUAUACGAGGAUGGGUUCAUUGUAAUGGCUGGAAUAAAUGGAAUGGACCAUGUGUUUCAUGUGCGUGAUUCUGUUCCAUUUAUUCUAUUCCAACCAUUACAAUGAGCCUGUCCUCCUAUAUCUUUGCCCACCAGCCUCCAGUGGGGUGACCAUCUACCAACUACCAACUCCUGUCCUGGAGAGCCACUGCUGUGCAGGCUUUAGGCCCAGCCCUGCAGUACACAUUAUAUUCAGCCUGCACAGUCCUGGCAUGUCUUAAAUUAGGUAGGCCGCAAUACACACAUUUAGAUAUAUCACAGGGUAAAUGUAUUGUGUGUGGACAUGUAUACUGCUGUAUUGCCAAUAAAUACUAUUCAUAUUA